AGGGCGGGACCGGCCAGCCCCGGGACGCGGGGACCCAGCGGCACUACAGGCUACACGCGCCCGGCCCGGGCGGCCGCGCGCACAGAUUUGAAGAUUGAAACCAAGAAGUGGUGUCUUUAAUCAUUGAGGACACCAGGUGUCCAGGCCCCCAACAGGACAGCUCCUAACAAGUGUGAGGACCCUCCCAGUCACAGAGGCCUCCGCUGUCACCAGCAUGACCCAGAGGCAUUCUGACAGCUCUCUGGAUGAGAAACUACUGGAGUAUCGCUUCCAUGCAGAGCUCCGCCUCGAUGCCAACGGGAACCCUGUUCCCGGACUCCCCAUGGUCCGGAGCUCCCUUAAAGCCAGAGCCAACGCUGCCUUUGAGCCAGAUGCCGAUGCCUCAGAACCCCUACCACCAUCGCCUCCACCUCCAACACUGAUGCCGCCUGGAGAUGUGGAGCCUCAGCCCAUCAUCCUCAGCACACAGAGCCCCGCGGCCCUCAAGAUGGGCACGCAGCAGCUCAUCCCCAAGAGUUUGGCCGUGGCCAGCAAGCCCAAGACCAAGUCCCCAGCCCGCCACCAGAGCUUUGGGGCAGCUGUGCUCAGCAAGGAGGCUGCGAGGCGGAAUCCUCAGCUCUUCUCAGCCCCCACCUUCUCUCAGGAUGACAUGGACAUAGACAUGGUCACUACCGGGAACCUGAAGCGCAACCUGAGGAACCAGUCCUACAGGGCAGCCAUGAAGGGCCUGGGGCCACCCAGUAGCAAGGGGGACUCUGUCCAGCUGGGCCCCAAGCUCCAGGCCCUCGCCGAGGAGCCUCCUGCCCGGUGCCCAGCCAAAAAUAAGAAAACUCUGGGGCGGAAACGCGCACAGAAGGGCUCAUUCAAAGAUGACCCCCGGCUGUACCAGGAGAUCCGAGAGCGGGGUCUGAACACCAGUCACGAGUCUGAUGAUGACAUACUUGAUGAGUCCUCCAGCCCAGAGGGAACUCGGAGAGCAGACACCACUAUCGUGGUCAAAAGCUAUCGGCCUGCGCAGCUCACCUGGAGCCAGCUCCCAGAGGUGCUGGAGUCAGGUGUCCUGGACACGCUGUCAACGGAAGAACGGAAGAGGCAAGAGGCCAUCUUCGAGAUCCUCACGUCCGAGUUCUCAUAUCUGCACAGCCUGAGCAUCCUGGUGUCUGAGUUCCUGCAGUCCCAGGAGCUGAGGGCCACUAUGACCCAGACGGAACACCACCACCUCUUCUCCAACAUCCUGGAUGUGAUGUCUGCCAGUAAGAGGUUCUUUGAGGCCCUGGAGCAGCGGCACAAAGCUCAGGUGUGUGUGGAGGACAUCAGCGACAUCUUGGAGGCCUAUGCUGAGCGCCACUUCCACCCUUAUGUCGCCUACUGCUCCAAUGAGAUCUACCAGCAGCGCACCCUGCAGAAGCUGUCGAACAGCAAUGCAGCCUUCCGGGAAGUUCUGAGGGAGAUCGAGAAACAGCCCGCGUGCGGGGGCCUGCCCAUGAUCUCUUUCCUGAUUCUCCCCAUGCAGAGGGUGACCCGGCUGCCACUGCUGACAGAUACACUCUGCCUGAAGUCACAAGGCCAUCCUGAACGGUAUAAAGCAGCCAGCCGCGCCCUGAAGGCCAUCAGCAAGCUGGUGAAGCAGUGUAACGAGGGGGCCCACAAGAUGGAGCAGACAGAACAGAUAUACACACUGCACAUGCAGCUGGACUUCGGUAAGGUCAAGUCCCUUCCGCUCAUCUCCGCCUCUCGCUGGCUGCUGAAACGCGGGGAGCUCUUCCUCCUGGAGGAAUCCAGUAUCUUUAGGAAAAUUGCCAGCCGACCCACAUGCUACCUGUUCCUGUUCAACGAUGUCCUGGUCGUCACCAAGAAGAAAAGUGAGGAAAGCUACCUGGUACAAGACUAUGCACAGCUAGACCACGUGCAGGUCCGGAAGCUGGAACCGUCGGAGCCCUCGCUGCCAGGAGGCAGCAGCCGCAGCUCCUCCGUGCCCUACCCGUUCCAAGUGAACCUGCUGCACAACAGCGAGGGCCGCCAGGAGCAGAUACUGCUGUCGUCUGACUCUGCGAGUGACCGCGCCCGGUGGAUCACAGCACUCACCUACAAAGAGAGACAGGGGCAGGGCAUCACCAACAAAGGUGAACUGCCCCAGGUGGAGGUCACCAAGGCAUACUUUGCCAAGCAAGCCGAUGAGAUCACACUGCAACAGGCUGACGUUGUCCUGGUCCUGCAGGAAGAGGACGGAUGGCUACAUGGCGAGAGGCUUCGGGACGGAGAGACAGGCUGGUUUCCAGAGAGCUUUGCUCGCUCCAUCACCAGCCGCGUGGCCGUGGAAGGGAACGUGCGCAGGAUGGAGCGGCUGCGGGUGGAGACGGACGUGUAGCCGAAUGGCUCAAAAGCCAAGCCAUGGUGGCAGACACAGCUUCAGUCCUCCAACCAGCAAGUGGUCCUGCCUGCCCCCAAGGAGUGGGAGGAGCUUGUCGCAGCUCCAAUCCAUCCCCAGGGCUCAUGUCUGAGUGCAGAACACUGAACGUCUAUAGAUUCCGAUUGCUUAGACAUCUUUGAGACAAGCUCCAGGGACUCACGUUCUAGAAGGAGCCUAGCCUGGCCUCUCACUGGACACCUGAGCUACACGGCGAUGCAGGACUGCUGCCUUCACUGAAGACACCAUAGGGCCCCCUCCCAGCUGCACCCCUCCAUCCCAGGUGGGACCAAAAGGGCUGGUGUUCUGAGAGGACGAUGCUGGUGGCAGGUGACCUGAGGUGCCAGCAGGGAUAUUGUCAUUACAGAUCUA